AUGAAAAUGUUUUGGGCAACUGUAGCCAUUGUUCUGCUCUUGCUGUUUAAUGGAGGUUGGUGUUGUCCAGGCCAUGAAAGAAAUUCCCUUUUGCAUUUCAAGGCAUCUGUUGUUGAUGACUCCAAUCAAGUGCUCAACUCAUGGCAUGGUUUCAACUGUUGUGAGUGGAAUGGAAUCCAAUGCCAUCCUCAAACACAUCAUGUCAUUCGCCUCGAUGUUUCGAGUGCUCAUCUGAUUUGUUCAAGUGGGGAUGUUCUUUCCCCAUUGUUCAGUCUGGAACAGUUGGAGUACCUCGAUCUUAGCUGGAAUAAUUUCAGUGGAGUUCCCAUCCCUCCUGGAUUGGGCAGACUCAAGGGUUUGCGCUACUUGGACUUAUCGUGGGCUGGGUUUAGUGGAGAUAUUCCGAGGGAGCUGGGGAACAUGUCUACUUUGCACUAUUUGGAUCUCUCUAACAAUGAUCUGAGAAUGAUGGACAUGCGGACGUGGACGGGAAACAUGAGAGAUUUACGGGAGCUUAUCCUGGACGGAGUGAAUAUGUUAACAGUGGAAAGCAAUGAGAUGGACAAUGCUCUCUCCACCAUGUACGCUCUCACCCAUCUUCAAAUGUGCUCGUGUUCCCUGUCUGGAGAAAUCCCCCCUUCCCUUGCCAAACUCACCAAUCUGACCUACCUCCGACUCUAUGCGAACCAAUUAGAAGGUACCAUACCUUCUGCCCUGCUGCGCCUUCCAAGACUGCAACUACUGGACUUGUCCAAUAACAGGGAUCUGGGAGGGAAGCUGUCAAGCAUUCUACCCCAAUACUCUGCUUCCCUUCACACCCUUAUUCUUUCAGCCACAACAGUGGGAGGAAGUGUUCCAGAUUCUGUUGCCAACAUUUCCUCGUUAACUCGGUUGGAUCUCUCAUCCUGCCAACUCGACCGUAUUCCAAAUACGAUGGCAAAUCUUACAGCGCUUAAAGAAUUGGAUCUCGGUGAUAACAUGUUAAGAGGACAGAUCCCGCUUUUUGGGCAAAGACCUCCCAUGGAAAGAUCUCUUCCUUUGACCUAUAUCGAUCUUUCUUAUAACCAGUUGGAUGGUCCCAUUCCCCCAAUGCUCUUCACUGCGUUUCCGAAUCUCCAACAUGUUGAUUUGAGUCGCAAUCAAUUGAAAGGCAGUAUUCCAUCGCCUGCCCGUAACCUUCACUACCUUAGAGAGCUCGAUCUGAGUAGCAAUACAUUGACAGGUAAAAUACCCCUUUCCAUUGGCCAACUCUUAUCUCUGGAAUCGCUUGAUCUAAGCAACAACAUAUUAGAAGGUGCCAUCCCCCUCAGCAUUUCAAAUCUUUCAAAAUUAGAGAACCUUGUACUGUACUCCAACCGGUUAAGUGGGGAAUUUUCAGAGUCUCACCUUCAUAAUCUCAGCCAACUUAACCUCGUAGGAGUUUCCGAUAAUCUCUUAACUGUCAAGUUCAGUCCAACAUGGAUUCCAAAAUUCUCUUUGGGAGGCCUGCGAUUAAGAUCAUGUAACAUGGAAGGCGGGUUUCCAACAUUCCUAAUAACUCAAUAUGAGGUUGGGGUUGUGGAUUUGUCCAACAACAGUCUCGCGGGAGAUAUUCCCCAGUGGAUAUGGGGUUUCGAAUCUCUCAUGUAUUUCAAUAUUUCUCAUAAUCACUUUGCAGGAGUUCUACCUCGUUCGCUGAUGGGACAUAGUCUAUUGGGUAUUUUGGAUUUGCAUAGCAAUAAUUUACAAGGUCAGCUUCCGCUUCCUUCUGAUUUCCUUCAGGCGUUGGACGUAUCAGAGAAUCAACUGAGUGGAUCCAUUCCAGAAGAAUAUUCUAGUCUUCAAUAUAUGUCUCUUUCUGGAAAUUAUCUCAACGGUAGCAUUCCUCCUAUAUGCCAGAUAAUGAUUGUAGAUCUCUCAAAUAACAAGCUUACUGGUAAGAUUCCUUCAUGUUUCAAAAAUUCUUCUUUUAUUGAGAUGUUGAACUUAGAGAACAAUUAUUUGGAGGGCGAGUUGCCAAGGCAGUUUGGAGACAUGCUUUCUCUUCAGACAUUAAAAUUGGGAGGAAAUGGAUUCAAUUCGUGUAUCCCAUCCUUGCUUGCAAACUGUAAGCAGUUGGAGAUACUAGAUUUGAACAACAACAAAAUGAGAGGGAUCAUUCCAAAUUGGAUAGGGCAGCUUUCAAAUCUUAAGAUUUUGAUCCUGAGAUCAAAUAGAUUUCAAGGCACAAUACCUUCAGAACUCACAACAUUGCCACUUCUUCAAAUCUUGGAUCUUUCAUCCAACAGUUUUUCAGGAAACGUUCCAGCCAACAUCUCAUCUUUGCAAGCUAUACAAAAUAAAACAGUCAGUGAAGAGAUCUUUCAUGUUAGAGAUAUUGAGGUGGUUCCAAUUUAUGUAGAUCAAGUGACAAUCAUUAAUAAAGGACAGGAGAUGGACUUUAUAAGAUCAUUGGCACUGGUAAAAUGUAUCGAUUUAUCAAACAACAAUUUAACUGGUGAAAUUCCUCCAAACAUGGGAUUACUCGAGGGUUUGGUUAUUCUAAAUAUUUCAAGAAACCAUAUAACUGGUGAAAUCCCAAAGAGUUUGGGGAAUAUGCUACAGGUGGAGUCUCUUGAUCUUUCACACAACCAACUGUCUGGAAAUAUCCCUUUGGAGCUGCAAUUGAUCACAUUCUUGAGUUACCUGGGCUUGUCUCAUAAUAAUCUUUCUGGAAAGAUACCAGAAGGGGGACAAUUCUACACAUUUGAGGCAUCAUCCUUUUCAAACAAUUCAGACUUAUGCGGCCUCCAACUCAAUAUAACCUGUUGCGGCCUUCACCAAAAUAAAUCUUGUCUUGCAAGCAUUCAGCCAGAGAUAAAUGUUGAUAAGAUAGAGGAUGAUGAAGAAGAUGAUAUAUGGUGGGGAGUUGGCCUGGGAAUCAGCUUUGCAGUUGGGUUUUCUAUUGUCAUUGGAGUGCUGUGUCUUACCACAACCUGGAGUAGAAAAUGCUUCCAGGUUAUGGAUAGCAUUAUCAUUUACCUGUUUGAGAGAUUGAGAAAAUAG